CUCUCUCUCUCUCUCUCGAUUGCAGAAGUACUGAAAGUUAAUUUCUGGAAUCUAGAGAAUUUGAAUACAAGGCUAGCUCUGGCCGAAAAAAAAAAAGGGAGUUUGAAUACAAGAAUACAGAUGGGGAUCAUCUUAUCGAUGUCAGGAAUGGCCGGCCCAAGUGGGUUUGGAUCAGCUUCAACUGCUGAACAAGUCACAGAAGGCAUUGAUGCGAGCAACCUCACUGCCAUUGUUACUGCAGGAGGCUCGAGUGGGAUUGGCUUGGAGACUGCAAGAGUUUUGGCCCUUAGGAAAGCUCGGGUGAUCAUAGCCGCCAGGAACCUCGAGGCUGCAAACAAAGCCAAACAGCUCAUUCUUCAAGGCAACGGAGCUGCCCGCGUCGACAUUUUCAGACUCGAUCUCUGCUCCCCGGAGUCCAUUCGAGCUUUCGUCGAUGACUUCACUGCUCUUAAUCUUCCUCUCAACAUCUUAAUCAACAACGCCGGCAUUAUGUUUUGCCCCUACCAGCUUUCCGAUGACCAAAUAGAGAUGCAAUUUGCAACAAAUCACCUCGGUCAUUUUCUGUUGACGAACCUACUGCUCAACAAAAUGAAGGAGACGGCGAGAGAGACGGGAAUCGAAGGCAGGAUCCUGAACGUCUCAUCAAUCGCGCACCGUUACACGUAUAAAGGCGGGAUAAGAUUCGAUGCGAUUAAUGACCAAAAGAGUUACUGCGAUAAAAAGGCGUACGGGCAAUCCAAAUUGGCCAACAUACUGCACGCCAACGAGCUUUCUCGCCGUUUCCAGGAGCAGGCAGACGGCGUGAAGAUUACAGUGAACUCUCUGCAUCCGGGGGUGAUAAUGACGAAUCUCAUGAGACACUCUUCUCUUCAGAUGCAAAUUCUAAGGAUUUUUACUUUUCCCAUUUGGAAGAACAUCCCACAGGGAGCAGCCACCACAUGCUACGUAGCUCUCCACCCCAAGGUGAGAGGCAAAAGCGGAAAGUAUUUUGUGGACUGCAACGAAUGGGCACCAAGCCAGCUUGCCAAAGACGAGGACUUAGCGAAGCAGCUCUGGCAUUUCAGCACCAACUUGGUUGAUUCAGCAGCACCCCAGAAAUAGCUCAACGAUUCUAUAUAUAAAUAUAUAUAUGCUUCCCUGAUAUCAUCAUCACCAUCCAUCUAUCGAUCUCCGGUUCUUAAUUAUAUAUGCAUCGCAUAGUUGGAGAAAUUGCUCCACCUCACUCCAUUCAUAUAUAUGCCAGUCAUAUAUAUCCUCCAAUAUCUCAUUCUGAAAUUUUUAUUCUGAGAAGACACGCUUUAAUUAGCCAUAUAUAUCAUCCAAAAACCCACUAUUACGUUUCAAUACACUCUCUGUCACAUUAGCCUGGAUAUGUAACACACGAAAAGUCUAUAUGUAAGUAGCAAGGGUGUCUUUGAUUGCAAGUAUGAAACUUAUAUGGAAAGAAAAUAAGUUCUAGGU